AUGAAUACCUUCAAUUCAUCGCCUAUUAAGGAGAGCGAUGUUUUGAGUGAGGAGAUUAUGAGGUCCCUGAGUCCUAUCGCCCCAACCCCAAAUUCUGCUCAUGCCCGACCUGCACCAGAAAAUGGUCAAUCAUUGACACCAGGUGGUCAGAACGAAAUACGCAACAGCAGUUAUACUCUUAGUGACUACGACAAUUACUGGGCUGACUCGAACGACAAGCCCGAGCAAGGUCAGCAAAAGUUGCAAGUUGCGAAUGCUCCUGUACACGAACAACAGCAACAAGAGCCAACCGAACAGCCACCGCCUGGGGUUUCUACUUCCAGCGGACCCAAGCCUACUUCUCCGCCGGAAUCACCGAAUGCCGAAUCGCGACGGCGAUUCUCUUGGGAAGCUGGUUUUGACCCACCCCCUAAGAUCCUCGCUGUUGAGGCUCCUACGGGAAACUUGGAAAUGGAAGGUUCUGCACCAACUUCCACAUCACCGGUGGCAUCGCCAGAUGUCCAGUCCUCGCUGAACCCAGUUUCCGUCGAUACCAACCAACCCAACGAGGCGCCACGAAAUAUUGAAGCUCCGAAAAUCGUUAUUCCUCCUUCUGGGGGAAUAUCUCAUCAGGUUUCCAAGGCUAGCACACUUCCGCCAAGCCAGCAGCAAACUAUUUUGGAGCCCCCUUCACCAGUCAACGUCGCCCCCAGAAAAGUCGAGCAGGUCGGUUCCCUCCAGCAGCGAAUUUCCUCAGACUACUCCGUGGCGUGA